AUGGAACCAGACUUUGAUAACUUGCUCACAGCAAAUAAAAGCUCUGUCAUUAUUCCACCAGACCAGCUGGAUCAAUGGAACGAAUGCAAAAACAAGCUCAAAAAUGAACAAUUCAUUAGAUUAUUUACAGACGGUUCAGUAAAACAUUCUGGAACAAAUCAAAUUUGCAAUGGUGCAGCAUGGACUUCAAGCUUAGGAGAUGUAGAAUUUAAUACAG